AUGGAUCCACAAAGAAUUAUCAAAUUACAAAGACAAUACCAAAACUCCAACCAAAGAUUAUGGUACAGAGGUAGAUUUUCCAAGCCAUUAGUCUGGGGAUUUUAUGCCAUGUUUACUGUUUCCACCAUUGGUCCAUUAUAUUAUACUGGUAGAGCCAUUUUAGGGAUCAAAGAUGAGUAA